AUGACAGAUAAAAAAAUUUCAACAACCAUCAAUCCAAAUGACGGAACAAAUAAAAUAGUUGAAAAAUAUCUCAAAGAAAGUGAUGAUGAAGAUGAUAGUGCUGAUGAAGAAGAAACUUCAGUAAGUGCUUCAGCUCAAAGUCUUGGUGUUCGUGCACAAAAAAAAUUACUAAGUAAACUUUCAUCAAAAUCAGUUGCCAAAGUUUUUAUUGAUGACACAAGUAGUCGUGUAUUAGACAAUUUACAUAAAUUAACACGUGCUUAUUCAGAUAGUAAAAAGGACGCUGACAAAUUACUUAAAUCAAUAAUAAAAACAAUUGUUAAAUUGGGUAUAUUAUAUAAAAAUAAUUUAUUUACUGAAUAUGAAAUAAAAUUAAUUGAAGAUUUUCGUAAUCGUUUUCAUUCAUUAUCAAAAGCAAUUGUUACAUUUUAUGAAGUUGAUUAUACAUUUGAUCGUGUUUUUUUAACACGUAUGUGUAAAGAAUGUCAAGAUUUAACACAUAAAAUAAUAUCAACACAUUUAACACAAAAAUCUCAUAUACGUAUCGAUUAUAUUUUUAAUUAUUUAUCAAAUUUACAAUUUAUUGAAUAUGUUUUUAAUACAAAUUCAACAGCCAAUCGUGCAAUUAUUAAAGAAAUUGUUCAAGAUAUGAAUUCAUUAAUGGAUGCUGGACUACUUUGA